AAGUCUAGUGCAGACGCAGAGCGGUCAAAGCUUUGGGGGUUGUUGCUGCCAUAUCUUCUUCCUUCGCUGAUGAAGAUGAUGGCGACUACACCGAAGCGAGGCAGCAACGCUUAGUAACCCAGCACUCAGUGAAAUAUCCACAAAUUCCCCGUGAUUGAGGAUUACUGAAGCCGAGCGGAUCCAAAAAUUGAAGCGAAAACGCGUCGGAUUUCAGAAUGACCAACGAGGAGCCUCUCCCCAAGAAGGUUCGCCUCAGUGAAUCUGACAUGAAGACCCUGACAAGAGAGGAGUUGUGUGUCAGGUGGAAACAGCAUGAAGCGUAUGUCCAGGUCCUGGAGGCAAAAUAUGCAGAUCUAAGUUCGAAUGACGUGACAGGGCUGAAGGAGUCGGAGGAGAAGCUGAAGCAGCAGCAGCAGGAGUCUGCGCGCAGGGAGAACAUCUUGGUCAUGCGGCUCGCCACCAAGGAGCAGGAAAUGCAAGAGUGCACGACCCAGAUCCAGUACCUCAAGCAAGUCCAGCAGCCCAGCGCGGCCCAACUGCGAUCAUCCAUGGUGGACCCAGCCAUCAACUUGUUUUUCCUCAAAAUGAAGGCUGAACUGGAACAGACUAAAGACAAACUGGAGCAGGCCCAAAAUGAACUGAGUGCCUGGAAAUUUACACCUGAUAGCCAAACGGGGAAGAAACUGAUGGCCAAGUGUCGAAUGCUGAUUCAAGAAAACCAGGAGUUGGGUAGGCAGCUGUCCCAGGGACGCAUUGCCCAGCUGGAGGCGGAGCUGGCCCUGCAGAAGAAGUACAGUGAGGAGCUCAAGAGCAGCCAGGACGAGUUGAAUGACUUUAUCAUCCAGCUGGAUGAGGAGGUAGAAGGGAUGCAGAGCACCAUUCUUGUGCUGCAGCAGCAACUGAAGGAGACUCGCCAGCAGCUCUCCCAGUCCCAGGGGGCUCUGGCCGGGGCGGGGCCCAGCAGGACUUCUCCUACUGCUUCCACCUCAUCCGCUGAGCCCUUCACCCAACCAGAGCAGGCCACCACACCCUCCGAACCCAUGGGCAAAGACUACGGGAGGGUCUCUAACGGACCAAGCAACGGCAACUCAUCCCAGAGGAGUGAGACCACGACCCCCAGCUUGUACCGUGAGGUCAGCAGCACCGAGGAAGACUUUCCCAUGUCCCCCAUGGUCUCGAGCCCCGGUGAGGCCGAGACCAAACUCUCCAACCACUCGGAGGAGGCGUCGGGGAGUCAGACUGGUGCUGUGAAUGCCGGAGGACCUGGGGGGUUCGGGAGCCAGCUGAGUGCGGGCUACGAGAGCGUGGACUCUCCGACAGGCAGCGAGACGUCCUUGACUCAGCACUCAAAUGACACAGACUCCAACACCGACCCGCACGAGGACAAGGCCGCCCCAGUGAGCAAGGGCACCAGGACUGCAGGGUCGCGGCAUUCGCACAACGGCCUGGACUCCAGCACGAGCGACAGUGCGGUUUUGUAAUGUACUUUAUAAGACAUGUACUGGCUUUUUCUUUUUAUACGAUGCGCAAGCAAGGCAACAGAAUGCAUAGUCUGUAACAUGGCACUGCUGUCCAAGAUAUUUCGUUUUCACCCUCCCCCUCUUGCCUGUUGUGAUGCCUCUGCCAUGUUUGUGUUGCUAAACAGGGAUAUUAUGUGAAUGGGUUAAUGUUGGUAGAUUUGUAUUGAGUGGAUGUAUGAUUAAAACUAGUCAUUUUCUUUCUGCUGUUUAUUUGGACACGUCGAUGCUGUUCUCGUUUGAGCUCUUGACACUGAAGUCAUCAGGCAUCUGGUGUUGUAACCCACUGUCAGAAAGUCAGUAAAUCACAGUUCACUGAAUCACAGUAGCUUUGCAACAUUCAUGGUCUUUUUUUUUUUUUUUUUUUUUUUUUUUUUUUUUUAUAGCUGUCGGCCUGUUUUUUUUUUUUUCUUUUUCUUUUUUCUCUUGUUUUUUAAAGCAACUCUUAAUUUUUCAUCAACAAAAAGUUCUGUUCAAAAGAUUGUUUGAAAUGUAUGUAGUUUAUAUGCGAUGUACCAUGUUCGUAUUAUUCUGACUUCAGUCCUUUUCAUGUACUGACCAAAUACCAAUAAAGACUUUUAAUAUUA